AUGGUUAACAAGCCCAUGCGAUGCGCGAGCAAGGCCGCCGAGAGCGCGUCCGCACGUCUCUGUGCGGACGCCGAAGCAGAAACCACAGCAACUGAUGUCUUAUCGGUUGCUGAAGCGACUCAGCCUGUGUCACUUGGUGAUGCAGGCGCUGGUCAUGAAAAUACUCAUGUCUUCACAGAGUAUGAGCUCGGUGUCUCAUACUCUCCUGAUACGGAAGACGGUUCCGUCUCGACGGCGAUUGAAUCCAAGCCGCCUGCCAAGCGUGGCAUGGAUGAUGCUAUGCGUCGUAGCAUCUUUGGUUCAUCUGAUGAAUCAGAUGAACCAUCGCCGAAGCGAAGGCGCUCGAGGUCGCACGACUCGGGCGCUAACAGUUGUGGUGAAGUCGAUCUCACAAAAUUGCUUGUAUGA